AGAGAGAGAAGGGAUUUCACAAAGACCAAAUACAUUUCAAAAUAAUCUCCACACGCGGUCCAAAAGAUAAUUUACCCAUUUGCUACACACACCCACACAAAAUCCUCCUUACGAUACGAGCUGUCUCCCCCCCUCCCCCCUCUCUGUCUAAUCGCCUACUCUCCAAACCCACUUCGUAUUCUUGUCUCUAUCUCCAAUUCUGUAAUCUUUUUUAUUUUUUGGAAUUCUUCAUCUUCAAUUCUGUAAUCUGCGUUAUCCAAUUUCUUGUUAUUUUAUCAUCAAACUGAGACAACUCUCCUUCGAUUGCUUUGAUUCUGCUAAAGAUUGAGUUUUUCUCUUCGUGUUUGUUUUUUCUCUCUCUCAUCCAAUUGGGCAUAUACAGAUGGGUAUAUAUCUCAGUACUCCUAAAACGGAAAAGUUUUCUGAAGAUGGUCAGAAUGGUUGGGUCAGAUAUGGUUUGUCAUCCAUGCAAGGUUGGCGUGCCACCAUGGAAGAUGCCCAUGCUGCAUGUACUGAUCUGGAUGAUUCUACGUCAUUCUUUGGUGUAUAUGAUGGUCAUGGAGGUAAGGUUGUUGCUAAGUUUUGUGCCAAGUAUCUUCAUCAACAAGUGCUCAAGCAUGAAACAUAUUCAGCUGGAGAUAUAGGAACUUCAGUCCAGAAAGCAUUUUUCAGAAUGGACGAGAUGAUGCGUGGACAAAGAGGAUGGAGGGAGUUAGCUGUUUUGGGAGAUAAAAUUAACAAGUUUACUGGUAUGAUCGAGGGUUUGAUAUGGUCUCCAAGAAGUGGUGAUGGAAAUGAUCAGGUGGACGAAUGGGCUUUUGAGGAGGGGCCUCACUCUGACUUCUCUGGACCAACUUCGGGGUGUACAGCCUGUGUUGCGGUCGUCAGAAACAACCAACUUGUUGUUGCUAAUGCUGGUGAUUCCCGUUGUGUAAUAUCCAGGAACGGCCAGGCAUACAAUCUUUCCAGAGAUCACAAACCCGACCUUGAGGCUGAAAGAGAGAGGAUCUUGAAAGCUGGUGGUUUUAUCCAUGCAGGACGCGUCAAUGGAAGUUUAAACCUUUCAAGAGCCAUAGGUGACAUGGAGUUCAAGCAGAACAAGUUUUUGCCUGCUGAAAAGCAGAUUGUGACUGCCAAUCCAGACAUAAAUACUGUUGAGCUUUGUGAUGAUGAUGAUUUUAUGGUGUUGGCAUGCGACGGUAUCUGGGAUUGCAUGUCAAGCCAACAGCUAGUAGAUUUUGUACGCGAACAAUUGAACGCAGAAAGCAAGCUUUCCGCGGUAUGCGAAAGGGUACUAGAUAGGUGCUUGGCACCAUCUACUGCUGGUGGUGAGGGAUGUGAUAACAUGACCAUGAUCUUGGUGCAGUUCAAGAAAACCAGUCAGUCUUCUUCUUCGGAUGCUGCUGCAGAAGAGAAAUCCUCGACUUCUGAUCAAACCGAGACAGAAUCUAAACCAGCAGAUACUGAGUCGAGCUUGGAAGUUUAGUUAUAUAUCAACGACAUGUAGUUACAAGAGGAUUGAAGAUCCCCCAAAAUUUUCUUGCUUUGAAGACUGAAUCACGGGUUGUUUGUAACUGAAGAGAUGGGGGAUCGAUUACAGUUGAUAUCCACAUUUCCUGCUGCAUUUUGUUCCACUUUACUAACAAUUGCAGGCAGUUGUACAGAAGCUAAUAAUAUUGUAGCAGAUUGUAUUGGCUGGUUGAUUUUGAAUAGUUGAUGUUUCUCUGUUCUCA